GCACCUUUAAGCUGGGUGGUUUUUAGAACCACGCCUGGCGCAGCAGGGUCCUCUGAAGCUCUAGGGUCAUUUUCAGCAAUGUCAUUUCUCACUUUAACGGACCCGAGACUUGUUUCUUAAAGGAAUAAGCGAAGCGAUCUGGUGAAGCCAGGGGGCGGGCGACGCUGGGCCGGCGCCGGCUGGAGCGCCCGCAGGGGCGGGCCGGGGUUCGGGGCGCUGCCCGCGGUGACGCGCGGCCCCCGCCCGCCUCAGCGAUAUUGCGAUGGUUGAGCCCGGCCGUCGGACGCCGCCGCCCGAAGCCUGAUCGUGGGGAACCUCGGUGAGUGAGAAAAUGUAGCGGAGUGACACCUGCCAAGAGCUUGGCGUGGAUACCCUGGCCCAGACGGAGCAGCUGCCCCUGGGCGUUUUUCUGGCCAUCCAGCCUCACCAUGUCAAAGAAGGGCGCAGGCAGCCGGGCCAAGGGAGACAAAGCGGAGGCACUCGCCGCAUUGCAGGCUGCCAACGAGGAGCUACGAGCCAAGCUCACGGAUAUCCAGAUUGAGCUACAGCAGGAGAAAAGCAAGGUCAGCAAAGUGGAACGGGAGAAGAGCCAGGAGCUGAAGCAGGUGCGCGAACACGAGCAGCGAAAGCACGCGGUCCUGGUCACUGAGCUCAAGACCAAGCUGCACGAAGAGAAGAUGAAGGAGCUGCAGGCAGUGCGGGAGGCACUGUUAAGGCAGCACGAGGCCGAGCUGCUGAGGGUCAUCAAGAUUAAGGACAAUGAGAACCAGCGGCUGCAGGCGCUUCUCAACACCCUGCGGGAUGGCGCGCCUGACAAGGUGAAGACGGUGCUCCUGUGCGAGGCUAAGGAAGAGGCCAAGAAGGGCUUUGAGGUAGAGAAGGUCAAGAUGCAGCAAGAGAUCUCAGAGCUCAAGGGGGCCAAAAAGCAGGUGGAGGAGGCACUGACCAUGGUCAUCCAGGCUGACAAGAUCAAGGCCGCGGAGAUCAGGAGUGUCUACCAUCUGCACCAAGAAGAAAUCGUUCGCAUCAAGAAGGAGUGUGAGCGUGAGAUCCGUAGGCUGAUGGAGGAGAUAAGAUUUAAAGACAGAGCAGUCUUCGUGCUGGAAAGAGAGUUAGGGGUUCAAGCCGGGCAUGCCCAGAGACUGCAGCUCCAGAAAGAGGCUCUAGAUGAGCAACUUUCCCAGGCCAAAGAGGCUGAGCGGCACCCAGGCAGCCCCAGACGGGAACUUCCUUAUGCAAGCGGUGCAGGAGACGCCUCAGACCACUCAGGAAGCCCUGAACAGCAGUUGGACGAAAAGGAUGCCAGACGCUUCCAACUUAAAAUCGCUGAGUUAAGCGCCAUCAUUCGUAAACUGGAAGACCGCAAUGCCUUGCUGUCUGAAGAAAGAAAUGAGCUGCUAAAGCGGUUGAGAGAAGCUGAAAGUCAGUACAAGCCGUUGCUGGAUAAAAACAAGCGUCUGACUCGGAAGAAUGAAGACUUGUCUCACACUCUGCGGCGCAUAGAAAGCAAGUUGAAAUUUGUUACUCAGGAGAACAUAGAAAUGAGGCAGAAAGCCGGAAUCAUCCGGAGACCCAGCUCCUUAAACGACCUUGAUCAAAGUCAAGAUGAAAGAGAGAUCGAGUUCCUGAAGCUCCAGAUUGUGGAGCAGCAGAAUCUCAUUGAUGAACUUUCCAAGACCCUGGAGACAGCCGGCUAUGUGAAGAGUGUGUUGGAGCGUGAUAAGCUGUUGCGGUAUCGGAAACAAAGAAAGAAAAUGGCGAAACUCCCCAAGCCGGUUGUUGUGGAGACCUUCUUUGGCUAUGAUGAAGAAGCUUCCUUGGAAUCCGAUGGCUCUUCCAUUUCUUAUCAAACUGACAGAACAGACCAGACCCCAUGCACCCCCGAAGAUGACCUGGAAGAGGGUAUGGCCAAGGAAGAGACGGAGCUGAGGUUCCGGCAGCUGACCAUGGAGUACCAGGCAUUGCAGCGAGCUUAUGCCUUGCUGCAGGAACAAGUCGGCGGGACAUUGGAUGCAGAGCGAGAAGUUAAGACCCGUGAGCAGCUGCAAGCAGAAAUCCAGAGAGCACAGACCCGGGUGGAGGACCUGGAAAAGGCACUGGCUGAGCAGGGGCAGGAUAUGAAGUGGAUUGAGGAGAAGCAAGCACUGUACCGAAGGAACCAAGAGCUUGUAGAAAAGAUAAAACAAAUGGAGACAGAGGAGGCCCGGCUGAAACACGAGGUCCAGGAUGCAAAGGACCAGAAUGAACUGCUGGAAUUCAGGAUCCUGGAGCUUGAGGAGAGGGAGAGGAAGUCACCUGCCAUCAACUUCCACCAUACGCCUUUCGUGGAUGGGAAGAGCCCCCUGCAGGUGUACUGUGAGGCCGAAGGUGUAACGGACAUCCUGGUCACGGAGCUGAUGAAGAAGCUGGACAUCCUGGGGGAUAACGCCGUAAGUAAUCUGACCAAUGAGGAACAAGUGGUUGUCAUUCAAGCCAGGACAGUCCUGACCCUGGCAGAAAAGUGGCUCCAGAGGAUCGAAGAGACAGAGUCAGCGCUACAGCGGAAAAUGGUAGAUCUGGAGAGUGAGAAGGAGCUGUUCAGCAAGCAGAAAGGCUACCUGGAUGAGGAGUUGGACUACAGGAAGCAGGCACUGGACCAAGCCCACAAGCACAUCCUGGAGCUGGAAGCCAUGUUGUAUGAUGCCCUGCAGCAGGAAGCCGGGGCCAAAGUGGCUGAGCUGCUGUCAGAAGAGGAGCGUGAGAAGCUCAAGGUGGCAGUGGAACAAUGGAAGCGCCAGGUCAUGAGCGAGCUACGUGAGCGCGAUGCCCAGAUCCUGAGGGAGCGCAUGGAGUUGCUGCAGAUUGCACAGCAGAGAAUAAAAGAAUUAGAAGAAAGAAUAGAAACCCAGAAGAGACAAAUAAAGGAGCUGGAAGAAAAGCUUUCAUUCUCUGGUCAUAGCUGUUGUGGGCACUCUGAACUGUCCUUGGCAAAGGUGGACCUUUGUCCUCCACCAGGACCAGAGAGCAGCCGGUGCCAGAGGAAGCAGGAUAAACUGGAUCUCAACACUGAAGACUCAAAAGGGUUUGAGCGCUGUGCCCUGCCCUGCGGAGGAUGAGGGCAAAAACACUGUGAGCUGCAGUCACUGUCCCCCUGGAGUGACAGGACUAGAAUUUGUCUGGCUAAGUAGUGCUUCUCUAGGGGAGGCCUAGCCUUGGCUACUGAGUCCUGGUGACCUUCAGCCCCAAGAGUAGGCCUCCUCCCAAUCACAGCGAUGUGUAACGUUCCCUGCCAUGCAGGGGUCAGAACUGCUCCUGUGCUGGAGCCCACACUGGACACCCCCCUUGUUCCCAUAGUGACCAUCAAUACUCUUGGAAGAAGAUCUCACAACUGCCCAGACUUGCCCCUAAUGGCAAGAGGAAGGCUAUGGUCGCCGUGGUGACCUAGGAGGGUUCCCUGUGACAUCCUGAGUGUCACACUGAAAUCAUUCACUGUGGUCCUGAACACUUGCUGAUGGACAGAUUCCUUGCCCAACCUUGUUCUGUUAUGUUGGCAUCUCUGUGAGGACAGCUGAGAGUUGUGACCCCCCCCCCACAAACCUCCUACCCUACCCCCAGGCACAAAGGCUAGAAUCCUAUCCCCUUCUGCUGGCUGGGAGCUUAGUGGAAUGACCAGAGGAAGAGGCCAAGGGGCAUAUGAGGCCUGGCCUGGAAGAAUGAGGAUCAAAGCACAGCCCAGACAUAGUGGAGGCGUGGCUCUCCUGGCCAGGAAGACCCUCAGCCCGUGGGCCUAGCCGAGAACUGCAGGUGGCAAGGGCAGGUGGUGAUGCUGGCUGAGAAUGGCUUCGUCCAGAGCCUGUGCACACAAGAAGCCGGGUCCGGGAGAGAAGGUGAAGAUAAGAUAAACCAAAAGUUCCAUGAACUUCAGAAGGCAGCCACCGCACAACGGCCUGCAGAGAGAAAACGGUGCACCUAUGAGGACCGUUCAAGUGAGAUUUCCAUUAUUCUUGAUGGGCCAUCCACAGUCCAGGAAAGUCUUCCCUUGUGUGGACCAGAAUGCAUCCCUGACUGGAGAAGGCCCCUUCUGUCCUCAUCACACCCUUGAUAGUCUAAGGUUGUCAUCCUCUGUGCUGAAGUUAGAAGGGUGCAUGAGUUUGCUCAGUGAAAGGUCGGUGAAUGGAUUAGAGCCCUUUCAAAGCACCUAGAAGUUGAUUGCCCUGGAUGGUGAGCUAUGCGGCUAGGUGUGACCGCUGCAUUCAGCACUGUAUAUUCCAAAGCCCAGUAGGCAGGGGGAGGAAUAAGAAGGUUGUCUGAAAGCAUUAAGUUCAUUUUACAUUUGUGUCAGGAGAAGUGAUGCGGUGUGGUGCAGAUGACCGAGUGGUUAUAGACCCCUAGGUCAAAAUCAGAGGAGAGCUUACAGGAUUGGACACAUAGGCCUUUUCUUCAGUGGCUGCAGGAUUUCUGCUGGGAAAUGCACUAAGUGCACUUGGUCCUUCCUGUUGUUGUUCAUGCCGUAGUUUCUGAUGUACUUGGACAAGGUUCUAACCCAGUUAUUGCUUCCCUAGCUGAGUCUGACAUUGGGUUUGGUCUUUGAGUCUGAAAUCUUCAGUCCCGAGUGCAUGGUAUUGUCUGAUUUAAAUGGCUGCCUUCUCUUGGUCCAUUUUCUGUACUCAGCACUGAAUGGCAAGAAUAGCCUAUAUUGGUGAUGCUGCCAGAUCUGUAGGUGAGAGAAACCACUGGGUUAGAGACUGAUGGACUGUGCAAUACAGGCAUCUAGAAACUGUCUCAGUUCCGUGUAGCUCCCUGCCUACCAGAGCUCCUGGCCCAGCUCUAAGUGAACCUGCAAGAGACCAGUAGCUGAUUGGGAACAAAAAAAAAAAAAAAAAAUUGCACUGGAAACUCAACCCACCUCACAUCCCUCUGUUUCAGUUGGAUCAUGGCUUUGCAUGUUGUGUGUGUGUCUGAAAUGAUUUAAUAAUAACCCCGACACUCUAAAGCGCAGGUCUGGGAACUUCGGUAUUUGGUGUUGUUUGUUUUAAAGAAAGACUGCAAGAAAGAGAGGCAUGUAGAUAGGUACUAGUGCCCAUGAAGUUAUUAUUGUUUAUGUGUAAAGUAUAUGUACAUAGAAAGGAAAAUGGCUCAAUGAAUGUUAGGUGAUAUCCCACAAACCAAACUGCGUUUCCACCCAGCUGUAUUCCUGAAAGCACAUGAUUAGCUGGACAGCUGUACUCGCUUUAGAUCUCAUUGUGGUUACUCAUGUGUCAUAAGCACCUUCUUGUCACAUGAUCCCAAGGUCGGAUAUGAACUUUGGGUGCAUGUGUGGGGGUGUACAUGUGAGCCUUGGUGACCAAUUCUUGCUGCCAAUGAGCGUCUGAAGAGCUCAUGCAUUUCAAAAGUAAGGUGCAUUUUCUAAACCCCAGGCUGAACCUUUUAACCCCAAGUGCUGGGUUAGCUGGGAUUCCCUCCCACAUUUGAGCUCUUGCUGUUAGCUCCUAAGAGAGGACAUUUGUGUACAAUGGCAAGAAGAGGGACCCUGGCGUGUCCCCCAGGAGCUCAAACUGUGUCACUGAGGUGUGGGCCUCCACUUUGUGUUGCGUUAAGUUGUCAGCCCGCUCACUCUGUGCCUGCACGACCCCGAACAGCAUAAGCAUUUUCGUUCAUCUAAACUGGGAAUCCACGGAAACUGCAGAGUCCUUUGUGAACAGCCAUGUGGUGUCUACUUUGUUUCCAUGGUCUAGCGUUCUGUUGCUGAAGGCCUAUGGCUGUGACUUAAGUCUCUGCCCUCGCAGACUCUGUAGCCUUCAGGAAACCCGAGUGCCUUACACGGCUUGUAAACACCACCUGGGAGUCAGGAGGGAGGGUGGAGAGUGGCUUCGAGGCACUGAUAGUUGGUCAGCUCUUGCCGUCGCUCCGUCAUUGAACCCUUACGGUGGGUUGUGUUAUUACACAGUGAUGGAUUUAAGUUUAGGCUCAGGAAAAUCGUAUUGUGAAUAUAUGUAUCAAAGCAUAUAUUUAUUGUAUCUUUUCUAAAAAGCUUUAUUGUAAACUUAUGCAAAAAGGAGCAGAACUUGGUUUCUCGUGGCAAAGUGCCAGGCAGUAUUUGUGUUCAAUGAAGCGAUCCUUAACACCCCUCUCUAAACACAUGACCUUUCCGUUCAGUGCUAAACAGUAUUCCCAGGCUUAAACUAGGUUUGUAUGGUGGUCAAUUAUAAAUUUUACACAUAUUUUUGUAUUGUGGUUCCUAUAAUAUAUACCAGAGAAUUUUUACUUAUUUGUAAAUUAUUGUACAGUUUUAA